GUUUCCUUGUCUUUGACUGGAGACCAACUCGCAGAGAGGCGGAUGAUAACAGCAUCCUUUGCUGUUAUUCAGCCAUCACACAUCUCAAUGAACUGCUCGCAAAGAAGCCACUGAUCGUGCCUCCUGCUGCGUGCAGGGCAGAGAUACUGAUCAGUGUCUACAACUGCAAUCUCUUUUUCAUAUGAGAUUAUUUUUUCACAAACUCUUUUUGUAUUUCAAGGUCUCUGUAGCCUGUCUCUUUCCACCAUGGUGCUAGGAAAGGUAAAGAGCUUCACAGUAAGCUACGACUGUCUCAAUGACAGCAACGUUCCCGUUUUCUCCAGCGGGGACUGCGUCUCAGGGAGGGUGGUCAUCGAAGUCACGGGAGAAAUCCGCGUGAAAUCUCUCAAAAUCCACGCGAAGGGAUUUGCAAAAGUUCGUUGGACUGAAUCGAGAAAUGCUGGAUCCAACACUGCCUACACGCAAAACUACACAGAAGAAGUGGAAUAUCUAAAUCACAAAGAUAUUUUGAUUGGACACGAGAGAGACGAUGACAACUCGGAGGAAGGACUCACCACUAUCCAUUCAGGAAGACAUGAGUAUGCAUUCAGCCUCGAGCUUCCACAGACACCUCUGGCUACCUCCUUUGAAGGGAAGCACGGCAGUGUGCGCUAUUGGGUAAAGGCAGAACUCCACAGGCCAUGGCUCCUGCCCAUGAAGACCAAGAAGGAAUUUACAGUCUUUGAGCACAUUGACAUCAACACUCCAUUAUUGCUGUCACCACAGGCCGGCACGAAAGACAAGACGCUUUGCUGUUGGUUCUGCACCUCAGGUCCUAUUUCCCUAAGUGCCAAAAUUGAAAGGAAGGGAUACACCCCAGGAGAGUCAAUCCAGAUCUUUGCAGAGAUCGAGAACUGCUCGUCCCGCAUGGUGGUGCCAAAGGCGGCCAUCUACCAGACCCAGACCUUCUAUGCCAAAGGGAAGACGAAGGAGGUCAAGCAGCUGGUGGCCAACCUGCGGGGAGAGUCUCUGUCCUCGGGCAAAACUGAGACCUGGAGUGGCAAGAUGCUGAAGAUCCCACCUGUGUCCCCCUCCAUCCUGGACUGCAGCAUCAUCAGAGUGGAGUACUCCCUCAUGGUGUACGUUGACAUCCCUGGGGCAAUAAACCUGUCCUUGAACCUGCCCCUGGUCAUCGGAACCAUCCCUCUCCACCCCUUCGGCUCCCGUACCUCCAGCGUCAGCAGCCAGUGCAGCAUGAGCUGGCUGGGCAUGGGUCUGCCUGAGAGGCCUGAAGCUCCUCCAAGCUAUGCAGAAAUUGUAACAGAGGAGCAGAGGCAGAGCAGUCUGGAUGUUCCAGCGGCCCGCGAGGAGCUGGACGGACCUCUCUUCGCCUACAUCCACGAGUUCCGCUUCCAGCCUCCUCCUCUGUACUCUGAGAUCGAUCCUAACCCAGAUCACGCCAGCCGUACAGAGGAGCGCCGGCUCGACGCCUGUCCAUCACGCUGAAAGGUGCUCCUGAAAUUCCCCUGAGCGACUCGGGGAGCUCAAAGAAAACCUGCCUGAAAGGCUCAGCUUCCUUUAUUUUUCUCCAACAACAGCGUCCACCCAACGCUGCUGACAUCAAGAGGAAAGUAUCCAACCCACCAACUAACAGACAAAGACUUGGACAAAUACCCAGUUGGGUUGGACAAAUCUGUUCCUGCCUUCCCUCAGCGAGAGAAACAGGAGUCACUAGUGUGGGGUUGGAUAUGUACAGAUGAACACAUAUUCAGUCUGUAUGAAAAGCCCCACUGGUAGCGAGAGCCCUGCUGAUAGUGACUGACAGUGAUGAGGAGGAAUCAGCAGGGCUCAGUCUGCCAAGCUCCUCUUUAACCCCUGAUUCUUCUGUACUCAUGGCACAUAAGGACAUGGCUCCUCACACAAAGGGCAGGACUAAUCAUGUCCAGACUUCAGUAGAAUCACCUAAAGAUAAACGGGAUGAAGAGAGAAAAAUAACAACAACGACAACAACGUUCUAACCACCAUAGUCUGUAUGAAUGAAAGCGUUCAGCGGCAGCGGUCAACUAUAGAGCAAAGACUAGGUCCUCCUGCCUCAUUUGGAAUUUUGUUUUGCACAUUUUAUUCUUUACUUGAGUUGUGUGGCUCCGUUUUAACGAGAAUUGAAAAAAAAAAAUCACUAAUAGUUUGGUUUCAGCCUUGUAAUGCACCAGACUAAGAAUAUGAGACUGCAGGCUUAACUUAAAGACUUUCAUCUGCGUAACUUUGAGCAGCGCUGAGAGCAGGAUUUGUUUUUUGGAAAACAAAAAAAGACUGAAAAGGACGAAAACAAUGCACUGAAUUUGUUUAAGCUGUUUAAGAACUUUCUUUUUUCUCCUUUAUGACAUUUCCUCAGUGACUUACAACAACUAGACUGGACUUUUACUACAACUGCAGCACACUAUCUCCAUCUGGAAGCUCUUUAUGAUGUUGCCUCCUCAGCUUGGAUCCAAGUGUGGCUUCCCUCCUCUUUUAGUUAAGCUCUGUUAUUCUGUUUUUGUAUUUAGCUCCAAUCAUAGAAUAUAGCUUUUUAGCCUUUUUUUGUGUUGAGGUUGCUCUGGAUUUGGACUAGGAGGGUUGCAGACCUGCAUUUGCCACUCAAACUGUAGCUGAAGAGAAUCGUGUGAGUCCGUGUGUGUGUGUGUGUGUGUGUGUGUGUGAACGGUGUGUGUUUGUGUGAAACGGGGUGGUACAAUGUGGAGGGACUCGCCUCACCCUGUUUGCCUGCAGCCCCUCUACUCCUAAUCUCAGGGCAAGCCAGGCUUGCAUAACUGCCCAAAAAAAGCACUGUCUCAGGUGGUCUUCUCACUUGCCAAACGGUUGGGAAAAAAGAGAAAAAAAAAUGUUUUAGGUUUUUGUUUUAAAUCGCACUGUUGGAAUUGAUGAGUUUUGUUUUUUUUUUAACUACCAAAACGACAGAAUAGACCUGCAGCGAGGCAGCUUUCUGAGAUUAAUCACAUUCCCUUUUUGUCCUGCUGCACUUGCCCAGAUCAUCAAACAAGCAGUUUGAUUUUACCAGACCAGUGAAGCCAGAAUGCUAGCUAUAAAAAAAAGAAGAAAAUAGAAAGAAAAAGAGGAAUCCCACUGCUUCUGUGUUAAAGGAGCAAACCCAGCACAAACCAAGAAGCUGGGGACGUUGCUAAACUUCUGUUGAGACUGGUCAGAACAAGUAGUAAUAGGUUGACGUGAGUAAUACAUUGGUUUUCUAACUCAUUCAACACAAAAGACCAGCUGCAACAGAGGUUUGUCAUAGUCAAGAGAAAAAAAGCAGCACUUUUUUUGAUAAGAAAAUAAGAAAAAAAGCAUUCAAUGGUGAAGGUCUGGAGAAAAACCAUCUGGUACUAACCACGUUAACGAGGAUUUUUCAGUAAAGCAGUGUUGUGUAGGACAUUAAUGCAUUAUUUAACUUCUUUUUUUUUUUUAGGAUUAGUGACUUUUUUUCUAAGUUUACAUUUUAAACGUAGCUGACACCAGUUUGUAUGUGUUGGUCGUGUGUGUGUGUGUGUGUGUGUGUGUGUGUGUGUGCACGCUCUUACCGAGAUCCAGCUGCGACUGAACUAAAUCUACGGCUUCUGACAGUAAUCGACAAAGUGCAGAUUAUUAAAGUGAUCUUAUCUUAGUGGCCUUGACACAGAAAAGACCUGAUCAUGAUUCUUCAUCUUUCGGCGUCUAUGUCCAACCCUUUUUGUUACGUUCGUACACAUCUGUGUGUUGUAGACCUUUUCCGUGUUUAUUCAAAAAGGACAAAAAGGGAAGAGAAAGGAAAAAAAAAAGUGUUUUAAAGAAAAAGAGGAAAAAAAGACAUCCUGGACAGGUCUCUCGACUGUGUUAUUUUUCUGAAGCUGAUGACGGUUGACUGAUUUUAUUUUAUUUUUCAUGUAUUUCUGGGCAUUGGUUUAGUUUGCUUCCUAGUUUGUUUGUUGUUUUUAAAGCAACUCUUCUGAGUUAGUCUCCCUGACCACCCUGAUCCCCCUCAGGCCUGGGGGUGGCAGCUGUUGAUCAGCACCCUUCCCCCCACCCCUGAGAAACAUUUAGAUAACAGCAGACAAACUGCUUCUUCCACAGUUCAACUCACCUUCUUUCCUGUUCUAUUCAUUUGCGGUUUGUUCGGAUUUUAUCCUAGGGAAACUGAAUCAAGCUACGCGGUUAUGAAUAAGCUUACAUAUUUGUUUCAGGUUGGUCAAUUCCAUAGUCCAUUUUGCUUGGGCCUCAGAGAAGUCCAGUGUCAAAACUAAGCUAAACUCCUGCCCCGAUAAAAGGCAGGAACUGAAAUGUUCAGAGGUAAAGAACCUGGGAGACGGGAUCUGAAACAUUUUAGAAACAAAGUGCAAUAUCACUCACUGAAUUUUUCUUCAUUCUCCAUUUGUAUGUUACUAUCUUUUUUGUUUGUUUGUUUUGUCUGUUUAUCAUGACGAUGUAUAGAUAUUCUAUGAAUAUACUACUUUCUGAAUGAUUUAACCUUUUGUCUAGUUCUUCCUUUUGAUUUGAAUAAACGUUUUGUUCUAAAUGA